CCCGCCCGCCGGCCGGGUCUACUUUCCAGCGGCAUCAUUUGCGUCUCUUCGCGGGAGAGAGGGGCUGCAGCUCGUUGGCUGGACAUUUUUCCAGGAUAUUAAUGUUCGCCAGUUAACCGUGUUCGAAGCUGACAGCCGAAGGGGGAUCCAUUUGAAUCAGUCUCUUCCGCCUUCACGCCGAGCAGCGACCGACGAGCGACUCAUCUUGCGAGGAGAAGCCCGACUGACUGCGCCGAAAUGGGGUAUGGACGGUCGGACAGCUACCGCGUGGCCACCACGCAGGACAAGGACGAGAAGGAGUCGCCCAAGAAGAAGGGAGGCAAGGACCUGGAUGACCUCAAGAAGGAAGUUCCCAUAACGGAACACAAGAUGUCUGUUGAGGAGGUUUGCCGGAAAUACAACACUGAUAUCGUCCAGGGUCUGACCAAUGCCAAGGCGGCGGAGUACCUGGCCAGGGACGGCCCCAACACCCUGACUCCGCCCCCCACCACCCCGGAGUGGGUCAAGUUCUGUCGCCAGCUGUUCGGCGGCUUCUCCAUCCUUCUGUGGAUCGGCGCCAUCCUCUGCUUCCUGGCCUAUGCCAUCCAGGCGGCCACGGAGGACGAGCCCGCCGGCGAUAAUUUGUAUUUGGGAAUCGUGCUGUCAGCUGUCGUCAUCAUCACCGGCUGCUUCUCCUACUUCCAGGAAGCGAAGAGUUCCAAGAUCAUGGAGUCUUUCAAGAACAUGGUCCCUCAGCAAGCCUUGGUGAUCCGUGAGGGAGAGAAGAUGCAGAUCAACGCUGAGCAGGUGGUGGGAGGAGACCUGGUGGAGGUGAAGGGAGGAGACCGGAUCCCCGCCGACCUGCGCAUCGUCUCCGCCCACGGCUGCAAGGUGGACAACUCGUCCCUGACGGGCGAAUCGGAACCCCAGACCAGGUCCCCUGACUGUACCCAUGACAACCCCCUGGAAACCCGCAACAUCGCCUUUUUCUCCACCAACUGCGUCGAGGGAACCGCUCGUGGUAUUGUUGUGUGUACCGGAGAUCAUACGGUGAUGGGCCGCAUCGCCACCCUCACCUCAGGCCUGGAGACGGGCAAGACACCCAUCGCCAAGGAGAUCGAACACUUCAUCCAGAUCAUCACAGGUGUGGCCGUCUUCCUGGGCGUGUCCUUCUUCAUCCUGUCCAUCGCCCUGGGCUACUCCUGGCUGGAGGCCGUCAUCUUCCUCAUCGGCAUCAUUGUGGCCAACGUACCCGAGGGCCUGCUGGCCACAGUCACUGUGUGUCUGACGCUGACCGCUAAGCGAAUGGCGCGUAAGAACUGCCUGGUGAAGAACUUGGAGGCCGUGGAAACUCUGGGCUCCACCUCCACCAUCUGCUCCGACAAGACGGGGACGCUGACCCAGAACAGGAUGACCGUGGCCCACAUGUGGUUUGACAACCAGAUCCACGAGGCCGACACCACAGAGGACCAGUCUGGCUCCUCCUUCGACAAGAGCUCCGCGACAUGGGUGUCUCUGGCCCGCAUCGCCGCCCUGUGCAACCGCGCCUCGUUCAAAGCCGCCCAGGACACGCUGCCCAUCCUGAAGCGGGACGUGGCCGGGGACGCCUCAGAGUCGGCCCUGCUGAAGUGCAUCGAGCUGUCGUGCGGCUCGGUGAAGGCCAUGAGGGAGAAGAACAAGAAGGUGGCCGAGAUCCCCUUCAACUCCACCAACAAGUACCAGCUAUCAAUUCACGAAGCAGACGAGGACAGCAACAGCCAGUACCUGCUGGUGAUGAAGGGAGCGCCAGAGAGGAUCCUUGACUGCUGCUCCACCAUCAUGGUGCAGGGCAAGGAGCAGCCCAUGGACGACGAGCUGAAGGAGGCUUUCCAGAACGCAUACAUGGAACUGGGAGGACUGGGAGAGAGAGUACUGGGUUUCUGCCACGUCUUCAUGGACGAGGAGAAGUACCCCAAAGGCUUCGCCUUCGACACCGACGACGUCAACUUCCAGACGGACAACCUUUGCUUCGUGGGCCUCAUGUCCAUGAUCGACCCUCCCCGCGCUGCCGUGCCCGACGCCGUGGGCAAAUGCCGCUCGGCUGGCAUCAAGGUCAUCAUGGUGACAGGUGACCACCCAAUCACAGCCAAGGCCAUCGCUAAGGGCGUCGGCAUCAUCUCCGAGGGCAACGAGACAGUGGAGGAUAUCGCCGCUCGCCUCAACAUCCCUGUCAGUCAGGUCAACCCUAGAGACGCCAAGGCCUGCGUGAUCCACGGCACAGAUUUGAAAGAGCUCAGUCAGGAUCAGAUGGACGACAUUUUGAGGAACCACACGGAGAUCGUCUUUGCCAGAACCUCCCCGCAGCAGAAACUCAUCAUUGUAGAAGGCUGCCAGCGACAGGGUGCCAUCGUGGCCGUGACAGGUGACGGCGUGAACGACUCCCCUGCCCUGAAGAAGGCUGACAUCGGUGUUGCCAUGGGAAUCUCCGGCUCCGACGUGUCCAAACAAGCCGCCGACAUGAUCCUGUUGGACGACAACUUUGCCUCCAUCGUCACAGGGGUGGAAGAAGGCCGUCUCAUCUUUGACAACCUGAAGAAAUCCAUCGCCUACACUCUGACCAGCAACAUCCCCGAGAUCACCCCCUUCCUGUUCUUCAUCCUGGUCAACAUCCCGCUGCCGCUGGGCACCAUCACCAUCCUCUGCAUCGACCUGGGAACCGACAUGGUACCGGCCAUCUCUCUGGCCUACGAGGCGGCAGAGAGCGACAUCAUGAAGCGUCAGCCCAGGAACCCGGCGAGGGACAAACUGGUCAACGAGAGACUCAUCAGCAUCGCGUACGGACAGAUCGGAAUGAUCCAGGCUCUGGGCGGAUUCUUCGCCUACUUCGUCAUCAUGGCUGAAAACGGUUUUGUGCCGUCGGAUCUUGUCGGCAUCCGGCUCAACUGGGACGAUCGCUCCAACAACGACCUGGAGGACAGCUACGGACAGCAAUGGACCUACGAGCAGCGCAAGAUCGUGGAGUUCACUUGCCACACAUCCUUCUUCGUCAGCAUCGUGGUGGUGCAGUGGGCAGACGUCAUCAUCUGCAAGACCAGACGUAACUCCGUGUUCCAGCAGGGCAUGAGGAAUAAGAUUUUGAUCUUCGGCCUGUUUGAGGAAACGGCUCUGGCUGCCUUCCUGUCAUACUGCCCCGGGAUGGACGUGGCACUACGGAUGUACCCGCUCAAGCCCAGUUGGUGGUUCUGUGCGUUCCCGUACAGUUUCCUCAUCUUUGUUUACGAUGAGAUCCGAAAACUCAUCCUUCGCCGAAACCCAGGAGGCUGGGUGGAAAAAGAGACUUACUAUUAAAUUAUCAAAGCAUCAUAUACUUCUCACUCCGCCUCCUCUGAACUCAUCUCUCCUUCCUUCUCUAUCCCCCUCUCUCUUUCUCUUCCCUCCUUCCCUCUCCUCUCGAAAUUCCCACACUGUACAGUGAAAACUAUGUUUACUCCUCCUCAUCCCCUAAAAUAACAACCAACCAGACGACGAGAGGAUCAACCACAGAGGAGGAGAGGACAGGGGAGUUUUGUAAAUCUUCCUCGUCCUCUCUGUCCCUCUGUUCUUUAUUUUUAUUUUUUUAAAUCCAAAGUCUAAACAGCGUUGAUCUGCCAGUGCCCCUGUUUGUGCCGAUGCGUAUUACGACACUGUCGUUAGCAGCAGCAGCUCUUCAUACGCGUUCUACAACUGCAGCUGAAUAAAGAUUAUUACUGUGAGAAUACAAAGAGGAAAAGUCCAACUGGUUCACUGCGACGAUCACUGCGACGACGACAACACGGCAGAUCCCGUCCAGACUCCCGGCUGCCCCGUUUUAUUGACUUCUAUUUAUUUAUUAAUUUUUAAAAAGAGAAAAAAUCUCCUGCCAGAGAAAAAGUUCCUGGGAUCCAGCUCUCGAAUCACUGCCAUCUCCUGCCAUUCGCCUCUUUUAACUCUACUAACUACUUACUCACUGCCAAUCUUCUUCUUCUACUGCCGUCCUCUCCUCUUCCUCCUCUUCCUCCUCCUGCCCAAUCAACAGAGGAUCAAUCUCAACGCUAAACCGACCCCCUCCCUCCUCCUCUUUUCUCCGUGUGUUGUUUUUCUUCUGCUUGCGUCGUUGUCGUUGUUUUCUAAUAGACGACUGGGUGUUGUUUUUUUAAAAUACAAAAAUUGUUCGUAAAGGUUUUCUCUUUUUUUUUUUAAAGUUCGAAGUGGGUCUGAGAGCCACUUGUUUUCAUUCGGACAUGACAAAGCCCACUGUCUCCCCCUCCUCUUCCUCUCUUCUUUCUCUCUCUCGCUCCUCCUCUCUCCUCCCUCCAUCCUGCCGACCUGUCCCUGUUUGUUGGUCUGUUUGUGAACGCUGUGCAAAACCCUCCGUCCUCGUAAACGUCCACCCACUUUCACCUCCCGACUCCUCUUCUCCUCUCCAUCCGCAAGCCCCUCCCCUCAACCCCACACACAACCGUAAAAAAAAAAUACAAUCUUUCUGUGUCCUCGGAAAAAGAGAUUUCUCUCCAAUUUCAUUAUUUAAGUCACAUUGGAAACAUGGAAGAUAUGAGACACUGCACAUUGACUUGCGAAACAACAGCAGCAGAAAGAAAGAAGAAAAUGAAAUGAUGUAGGUGGAUCUCUCUUUUUUCCGUUUGGUCUCGAAGUUUGUUUUUUGUGUGGAGUGUUUUGUCAGAAAAUGGAAAUAAAUGCUGUGACCAACUCUUAUUCUUGG